AUGAAGCAGACCAACCAGCCGACAAAAGCCUUCCCCCACAAGGCAGGCUGGGCUCAUACCACCGCGCUUGUGAACUCGCUAGACGGGCUAGUACUAUACAGUACAUCGUCAGGUCAUCGUGGUGACGAUCUAGGCAAUGUUGCCGCUGAUUUUCAUUUGACGGGUCGAUUGUCGGAAGGUGGCCAACAAGUUGUCACUGAGGCCGAUGGGUUUCCCACCGGCUCUCUUCGACCUUCCCCGACGAGUCCGAAUCACGGUCGUUUAUGGCCAGGAAUGAAAGACAACCAGCACGAAGCACAUCGCGGGAAAGGGGGAAGAUCGAAACAAAGGGAGUUCCGAGACGAGGAGGACUUGCCUUUGGGGAAUGGCAGAGGGGCCUGUGGCGCAGUCUGUAACCAAUUAACCGCUGACCCUUACCCUACUUGGCCGCUGUUUGGUUUGGUAAAAAGCCAGCACUUCGGUACCCGCCGCGGAGGUACCGGUGACUUCCUGGCAGGCGGGAACAUUGUGGCAGACCCACACCUCAGGUACCCGUAG